GCCUGACAUUGCCGUGUUAUUCAGCUCCUCGCAUCGCACCGACGUUAAGCGCGGGCCUCGACCUGAGAUCAUACAAGAAUAUCCUCGGAUAUCACGCCCGUCUACCGACAUCCAGCCUCGUCUUACCAGCUCUAUAACGUUGACACGGACGACAACUCGUCCUGGGUUCCCUCACAGCCCAUCUACUUAUCACUACCCAAAAUGGCCACAAACUCGACCACUCAGACAUAUACAAUUCCCGGAGAGAACCAUUUCUUUGCGCGACAACAACAUUCUCCAGCCAGUUCACCGUCACCAACCUCUCCUCGAAUGCAGGAAUAUCUCCAGCAACAAGCGCCGAACCCGUACAAGCAGCUUCGGCCGCUAAAGUCGCCUCUCUAUGUUCCUGCUGCUCUCAGACCUACCGAGCACUUUUAUAACCCCUCUCCCAUGACACCACCAAAGAGCCUGCACGGGUCAUUGGACAACCUGCAAGACAAUGAGAGACGCAGCGAAAGCCCAGAACAACAAAUCUACACAGAGUCAGAUCCUUAUGAUCAUAUGUGGUUACAGGAAGAAGAGCUUGGUGACGUGGCUGGUCCCCCAACGAAGGAGCACUGGAAGCCAGACGAAGCUUCAUCAAUAUGCGACUCUCCUGAAUGCCGCUCGACCUUUAAUCUCUUUGUUCGCAAACAUCAUUGUCGACAUUGCGGCCACAUCUUCUGCUCCUCACACAGUCCAUACACUAUCCCUCUCGAUCAAUACGCCAAGUUCCACCCCGACGGAGUUCUUUCGAGAGCAUGCGAAACUUGCCAUCGCCAAUAUCAACGAUGGGACACCGCCAGAUCGAUCCGACGCAAGAACAGCCAGAACAGCAAAGACGAUGGCAGCAAUGAGAGCGGGCCACCGACACCUCUGGCAGGACCAACAGGUCAUCGCAGGAUGAUCUCGGGCGGGAUUCGUGGAGCUCAACCAGCAGAACAAGCUGCCAACAGCGUUCCCAAAGACUGGCACUGGUCGACUUUCUGAAUGAUCACGUGCCAUUCUCGGAGUACUCCACCAAUAAAUCGACUUUAUUAGCAACGGCCUUGACCGAAACCACGGUAACGUUGCUUGUCCCGGCGCCUGGCCCGAGUUCUGGACCCUCUGGGAAAUUGUCGCCCCGAGCGGCACCACCGAAUUU